AUGCCAUUUCUAAAGCAGUCCUCUGUGACAAUAGCUUUUCAAGGUCCGCAGCCUCGUCUUGAAAUCUGCUGCUCGGCUGUUUCUCAGAUAUCUCCCGUUUCUCUUUUUGCUAACAACACUUACAAUUGUGCUCCAAAAGCUACCAAAUCUUGGAGACAUUCCAAAGAGAAUAACCAGUUUGUAGAUUCUCAUGUUAAACCGCUAUUAGGUGAAGUAAUAAUUGAAGCCAGUAAUUCACCAUGGCGCGGUGAAGCUGUUAUUGUUACCCCUAGGCCGGGAGUGACGGAGAGCGAUGUUGCCACUUACUCGGACGGCAGACACAAAGUUGUUCUUGCAUCAGAUCAGCAUACAAGCCCUGUUGAGGCAUACAAGUCCAGCAUACAAGCCCUGAGUAUAUCAGCCUCUAAGUGCUGUGAUAAUAUGUGCACUUUCAAAAUUCAUAGUUGAAUAAAAGAAAUACACACAAUAUCAACAUGCAUGAAAGUACUUCUUUAUUGAAGCAGGCGAGUAUGCAGGUCGCUGCUGGUGGAUCUGCAGGUUUCAUUGAAGUGUGCAUCAUGCAUCCUCUGGACCUGGUGAAAACAAGGCUGCAGAUCCAGAGCACCCACGCGAAAAAGGGCUCCAUGCCGGGAAUCUCCACUGUCAAACUCUCAGAAGCCCAGUACAGAGGAGUUUUUGACUGUCUAUCCAAGAUGUACAGGAAUGAAGGAUUUUUUUCAUUCUGGAAGGGAGUGUUACCCCCUAUUCUGGUGGAGACACCCAAACGAGCAGUAAAAUUUCUUACUUUUGAACAAACAAAGCGCUUCUUUUUGUUUGGAUCCCCUACGCCUACAGCAGUAACGUUUUCAAUGGCUGGAAUGUGUGCUGGUGUUUUUGAAGCUGUUCUUGUGAAUCCAUUUGAGGUUGUGAAGGUGACUUUGCAAUCUAACCGAGCUCAUAUGCAUCAAACUCCAAGUACAUGGACUGUCACCAAAGAGAUAAUUAGGACAGAGGGCUUUGGUUUUAGAGGCAUUAAUAAAGGUCUUACUGCCACAAUUGCUCGAAAUGGUGUCUUCAAUUCAUUUUAUUUUGGAUUUUACCACUCCGUGAAAGGGAUGUUACCAGAAUAUGAGGAACCACUACCUGAAUUUUUGCGGAAAGUGGGCAUCGGUUUUACAUCAGGCACUUUGGCUUCUAUGAUGAACAUCCCUUUUGAUGUCGCCAAAAGUCGAAUUCAGGGCCCACAGCCAGUAUCAGGACAAAGAAAGUAUUUUAGUACUUUGCAGUCCAUGAGACUGGUGUACAUUGAAGAAGGUUGGCGAGCACUUUACAAAGGACUGGUUCCGAAGGUGAUGCGUCUAGGGCCAGGGGGAGCUAUCAUGCUUGUAGUGUAUGACUACAUGUACCAGUAUUUGGUGAAGAAGUUCCCCAAUUAAUUCUUCACGAGUCAUUCUAGCCAAUACCAUUUGUUUUAAAAAGUGGCUGGUAAUGUGUGCCCUGUGAGAUACUUUUUCAAGCAAAAAGGUAUUGUAUUUUUACUUAUAUCUUUCUAAAGAUGUGCUAUGUUGGAUAGUAAGUAGUGACUGAGUACUUCAUUUUGUCAGUUUUAGUCAUAUCUUUUUCUAUGCAUUUGUGAAUAUUUGAAAUGUUCUUUUAAAACUAUAUUCAUAUGUCAACUCAGCAACACUGAGACAUUUGUUAAGAAUAUUUUGUUGAAUUAUUAUAUAUAUUUUUAAAGAAACAUCUUUUUUUUAUAUGAUGUUAGAAGGAAAAAAGAAUCAAGUUUUAUUUGUCCACACAGAGCAGCAUGAAUGGUCUUAUCUGAACUUUUCUCAUGGAUUCUCACAUGCCCGCUGUGAAAAGUUAUUCUCAGGUAUAUGAUGGGGUUUAUACCCAGAUGUGUAAUUGCAAUCAUAUUUGAGAAGUGUUGACAGAAAAAUAGUGUGUAAUUCUCAUAUUGCUGAAAAAAACUGUCAAAAAAGUGACCAUAGUCUCUUAAUCUGGCAUAUAUUGUUAUAAAAAUGUUUCACAAUUUUUAAAACCAAAACAAAGUACAUAUGUUAAUGUGCUCAAAUUAAAUUGCUGCCAGAACAGAUAAGAGUAUCUGAACAAGAUCACUGGAAAUUUGCACUUUUUCUUCUUUGCUAUAAGAAAAAGUGUUUAUCUUUGCCUAAGGUUACGCUAUAAAAAUCUAGUCCUUUCAAAUUUAAGGAGUAAGUUUUAGAAAUCUGAUGUGUUUAUCAAUAUUAUGAAUAUAAUACUAUUACAUUAUUCAAAAUUUUGUACCAGAAUUUAAAGAGAUUUUGUGAUAUACAGACUGAAUACUAUAUUUGCUUAGAUAUUUCAAUAAAAGAGAAAAGGGAAUUAUAAAAUAUUUCAUUUCAGAACAAGUGGUACAGUUGACUCUUUAAUUUGACAUGGGGGUAUUUAAAUUAUAGGCUAAUUUGAAGAGAAAUAUGUCCCUUUAAUAUUAAUUUUAUAUUUUAUUUUAAACUGUUAAAAACUUAUAAUUAAUUCCUACCUUCAAAUGCUACAUUGGGUUAACUUGAUAUCAAAAUAUUGCAAAUUGAGAAGAAACAUUAUAAAGCAUGUAAAAGUUAGUUUCAAACACUAAGCGAUUCAAGAGUUAUUUAAAAAUACGAGUUGGGGUUAAUGAAGAGAUAUAAAAUGCUUUAUUGUUACUGGGAUGGAUGUGAUCAUAUAAUCUUUGGCUUUUCUGUCAAAACUCAUUCUAGUUUACCAGAUUAGUUAAAGUUUGGAGAAAAAAUAUUGAAGUGCUGAAGAUAAUGCAAAAGCCUACUACUUUGUGUUAAAUAUUAAUUAGAAUUAUUAUAAUAUCAACUAAUUAAGUAUCAAUUAAUAAAAUUUCCAUGAAAAUUUUUUGAUAAUUUGAAUUUUUUAUUUCCUUAUGGACUUUGAAUUAAAAAGAGUUGUCUGAGCAAAAUAAGUUGCAGUUUUUGGAAGGAGCCAGAAUACUUUUAAAUAGUUCUUCCAAAUUACUAGGUAUAAAUUGGUAGGGCUAGACUCCUUUUUGCUCAUAUUUCAUGUAUAGUCUACAGAAUUUUAUGGUUAAUGGUUCUAUUUAAUUACAAAUAUGCCUAGCAAGCACCAAGCACAUUUUGGAAUCUUGAAAACCUUACAUACUUACAUUGAACGAUAUAAGGGUGAGAAAUGUCGUAAAUAUGAACAACAAUUAGCAGCAAUGAAAUGUGCAAUUUUUUGUGAAGUGUAAUACCAGGUAUUGAGAAAAGACACAAGGGGCAAAAUUGUAUGGAAAUAAAAUAUGUACAUAAUUUCUCAUGUGUUAAAUUUUAGAAUUGCUACUGCAUAAUGUUUAAUUAGGAUUGCUCAAGCAUGAUUAGUGUGCUUAUACAUUUUCCUUGAGUGGCUACAUUCAUGGGGCAUUCAAGCACAAAGCCUCCAUGUGAAUUCUGCUACUUUUUAAUCAAUAUGUAAUUAUGUGAUUUCCAAAUAUGACAAGUUCAAUUGAAACGUUGGCAUUGAAUAUAGAGCACCUAUAUUUGUAGCUUUUGACAAUUUAACAAAUGAAGGCAGAGUGAAACAAUAUUGAGUUGAUCCAAAAGAAAAGGAUGUCUUACUUACCAUCAUUUUGUUUCUUUGUAUCUCAGGUCAAGAGACUGUCUACUAACAUUCUUACUGGGUUUAGAAAGUUCAAACAAUCUUUAGAUUUUGUAAAAAAGUAUCAGGAUGACUCCAAAUAGUUUCACUUCAGCUCCAAAAUUUGUAUUUCAAUAAUUGAUUGAAACGAGCCUUCUAUGUGACAACCGUUUUUUAAACCUUAUUAAUAACUAUGCCAGUUUAAAGCUGUUCAACUUCC